AUGAGGUGGGUAGGAUCGAAGGCAAGGAAUGCGGACGGGUAUAAGCUGUGGUACUCUGGAGUUGUGAAGGGUAAGAAUAGAGUGGGUAUUUUGGUAGAUAUGGAUCUUAGAAAGUCUGUGGUUGAGGUCAGGCGGGUGAAUGAUAGAUUAAUGACCAUUAAGUUAAUGGUCGGAGAGUACACCAUCAAUGUCAUUAGCGCUUACGCACUGCAAACGGGCUUGGAUGAGGAGGUUAAAAGGCGCUUUUGGAAGGGAUUGGAUGAGAUUGUGCGUGGUAUUCCACCUACUGAGAGCUAUGGCGAGAUGCAUGGCGGCUUCGGUUUUGGGGAUAGGAAAGGAGGAGGUACUUCGUUGUUGGAUUUCGCUAAGGCUUUUGAGCUGGUGAUUGCGAACUCUAGUUUUCAGAAGAGGGAGGAGCAUCUGGUUACUUUUCAAAGUGCGAUGGCGAAGACACCGAUUGAAUAUCUUCUCCUCGGGAGGUGUGAUAGAGGGUUAUGUAGGGAUUACAAAGUUAUACCAGGUGAGACCCCUAACGACGCAGCAUGGGCUUUUGGUGAUGGAGAUAUUCCCUCUGUUACCAUAAAGUGA